AUGGCUACAGAAUUCAGCAAGGAUGGAGCAACAUAUGGAAUUGGGAAGCAACUCUCGGACGAGGAGACCCCUCCACGAAGAGUUGCUACGAAUCAGACGGAGGAGGGCACUGGCGAUGUGUGCGCGGCGCCCUUGAAACGGCAAUUGCGCUCCCGACAUCUGCAUAUGAUUGCUAUUGGUGGCAUCAUUGGACCCGGACUGCUGGUUGGCUCCGGCAACGCGCUCAACAAGGGCGGGCCAGCUGGGAUUCUAAUCAGUUUCUCUUUGGUCGGAUUUAUAGUCUUCUUUGUGAUGCAAUCAUUGGGUGAGAUGGCUACGCUUAUCCCCGUAUCCGGGUCCUUUACCGAAUAUGCGCAGCGGUUUCUUGAUGAUUCGAUUGCAUUUGGUCUGGGGUGGGCUUACUGGUAUCUCUGGGUGACGGUUCUCGCCAACGAGUACAAUGCCAUCUCGCUAGUCAUAGGCUACUGGACAGAUGCGGUACCUCAAUGGGGCUGGAUUCUCAUCUUCUGGUUUCUUUUCCUGGGCCUGUCGAAUCUCGGGGUUUUAGCGUAUGGGGAGAUGGAAUUCUGGUUAUCUUUAAUCAAGAUCCUUGCCCUCAUUGCGUUCUUUAUUCUCGCCAUCUGCAUCAGCACGGGCGGAGUUGGUCCUCAGCCUAUAGGUUUCAAGUACUGGCAUGAGCCAGGAGCUUUUGCAGAUUCCAUCAAUGGAGUUGCCCGUACAUUCGUCGUCGCUGGGACAUUAUAUGCGGGCACUGAGAUGGUCGGCAUCACGGCCGGAGAAUCAGCAAAUCCACGAAAAGCUGUUCCAACCGCCAUUCGUCAGGUGUUCUGGCGUAUUCUGAUCUUCUAUAUCGGAACCAUGUUCUUCAUCGGCAUUCUGCUGCCAUACAAUGACAAGCGACUUCUCGGCUCCGGCUCUUAUGCAGCAAGCUCGCCAUUGACUAUGGCAUUGGCAGACGCUGGUAUCUUACCUGCAGCGCAUCUCAUCAACGCCCUGAUCGUGGUCAGCGUUAUAUCCGCGGGUAAUAGCUCUCUAUAUGUGGCCUCGCGCACUUUGCUUUUUAUGGCCCGCAACGGCAAAGCCCCUCGAUUCAUUGGGCGCACCAAUAGCGCCGGCGUACCCUGGGUCGCCCUGAUUUUCUCGAAUAUCUUCACUUGCAUCGUGUUCCUAACCCUGUCCUCGGGGGCUGGGAAGAUUUAUUCUGCCUUAAUCACCUUGUCUGGCGUGGCGACGUUCCUCGUCUGGGCCGUGAUCGGAAUCUGCCAUAUUCGGUUCCGUCGCGCACUUGUCGCGCAGGGUGAAGACCCGGAACGACUGCCUUUCAAAGCGUGGCUCUACCCGUGGGGCACUUACUUUGCCGUCGCGCUCAACAUCUUUCUGGUAUUUUUCCAGGGGUACACGGCUUUUCUCAGCCCCUUUAGCUCGGACGACUUUGUGAUCAACUACAUUCUCCUUCCUGUGUUUGUGAUGUUUGUGUUGGGAUAUAAAUUCUGGCAUAAGACCAAGUGGGUGAAGCUAGAAGAGAUGGAUAUUUGGACGGGCAGAAGAGAAGGGCUGACUGAUGAGGAGGAACCAGAGGCGAAGAAGCCGAAACCGUGGUGGUCUCGCGUGGUCGUCAAUGGAAUAAUUGGUUGA